UAAGCCUUUGAGCAUGCGCAGUGUGAAACCGGAAGCGUCUGCACGUUUCCCAGGGUUACCGUCAACAAGUUCGUUACCAGUGUCAGCAUGCCUUUGGAUUGUAGCUUGUAUUAAUAGCUGUACAGAUUUUUUUUCGAACCCUAGAGCAAUCUUACGACAGGAAAACUUUGCAUUAUGCUAAUGUUGCAGUAAUGGUAGCUUUGAAGCUUACCAGCUAGCUAUAAGGUAAAUGUAAGCUAGCAUGCUAAUACCAGCACACGCAAUGAAAGGAAACUGUUAAUUCUCAGCAUGACAAGUCAGGAAUUCAGGACUCUUGCUUACACGAAAAGCCCGAAAACAUCGAGAAGGACAACAUUUCAGGAUGAACUUCAGGCUGCUGUCUCUGCCAGAGCAAGCAAAGCAAAAACAGACCAGUACUCGUACUCUGAUGACUUCAAUGAUGAUGAAGAUGAUUUUUUGAAUGAACUCCUCAAAUCAAGGAAGAAGAAGGCUGGUGCACUCAAGGCUGAGAAGAGCAAAGCAAAAAUCAAUGACUUUGACCUUUCAGAAGAUGAAAGCCUACACAGCAGAAGAAAGAGAGUUUCAUUUUUGAAAACCCAAAGAAUUAGCUCUACCUUGGCAGACACAACAUCAUCAGAGUCACAUGAAAAGGAGCCACCUGACGAUUCUGUCAGUCAAAACAACUACUAUAACGACUCUAAACACUCUACAGAGAGAACAAAUGACAGUGAAGAUAAUGCACAAUUCAAAAGCAGGAAUGUUGAGUCGACUGAUUCUCAAAUCACAAGACAGAGCUCGAGUAAGUCUCUGCCAUACCAUACAUCUGAGGAUACUCUGCUGGACAUGUCUUUACCGUUACCAUCUGACAACAGCGUAACAGAGACUCCAGAGGAGAAGGGCAGCUCCCCACAGACUCCACAAUUCUCAGCAACUGACUUCAAACAUGCUUCCUCAGCAGAUGUCAUUGAGAGGGAGCCACCGAGGCCAAAACCAAGGCAAAGGACUCUGGGAUUAAGCAUUCAAGCUACAGAGAAGAAAGCUGAAGAUGCUGAAUCUCAGGAUCUCAGCAGGGCCCAGACCUCAUCUGCAUCCAUUCCCAUCUCUACUGGCACAGGCAGCAACACAGCUUGGACAGAAGGAGAUCACACACUUUCACGGAGUCUCAGCAAAUCCUUUUCGAGCAAGAGUGACCAAUCGCAGCUCAUUACCAAGUCCACGGUCGAUUCUGAAUCCAGAAAAAGCUUAUUUUCUGAUGACAGCAAAGAGGAGGAGGGGAAGUACUCCACAUCAAUUGAAGAGUUUGAUGACUCGGGAGAUCACUCAGACCAACUCUCUCAUGGCCAAGAAAAGUCAUUUGACAGCAGGACAUCAACCUCCAACUCAAAGACAACCCAGAGAUCUCAGAGUGCGUGCUCCAGGAAAGUGGAGUCUAAGUAUUUGGGGAGUCUCAAAGUUCUGGAUCGUAAAGUUUCACUACAAGAGUCUCAGCCUCAAGCAGCAGAUUCAGUUCGAGCUGCCAUUUACCAGGAAUGGCUUAAAAAGAAAAAGGAAAAGACAAGAGAAAACAUGCAAGUAAAGAAGAAAGAGGAAACCUUAAAAGAAAAAAAGAAAAUGGAUGAAGAGGCUAAGAAGGGAGAUGCUGUUGCAUCAUACCAGGCAUGGAAAGAAAAGAAAGCGGAGUAUGUCAGGAAAAAAGCCAAAGAAAAGCAAGACGUGAUCAGAAAAGAGCAAAAAGCGAUUGAAGACAGAGGAAAACAACAAUCUGCCAAACAGGUGUUUGAACAAUGGAAACUUGAGCAUGAUCAUCUGCUAAAAGAAAAGUACAGAAAACGAAGAGAUGUUGAAUGCAAACAGAAGUUUAAGAAACAAGAACAAGAGGAGGAGAGAAAGAGAGACAGCAAAUCUGCUUUCACAGACUGGAUGAAAAAAAAGAAAGAUGUUCUGCAUGAGAAACAUGUAAAGGAGCGUAAAGACAUCAAAACUAAAGCAGAAGAGGAAUGCUAUGAAGAAGAGAGGGAUAAAAUGGCUCUGGAGAUGUACGAAAGCUGGCUUGUAAGAAAGACCUAGAACAUAAGAGAAAAAAAAGAGGAAAGAAGAAUACAAGAGAUACUCAGAAACAGUCCCCCUCCACCAUGGAGCCCUCCAAAUAAAACUGUACCAUUCAGAAAAUAACAUUGAAGUGUAACUAAUAUUUUUCUCCUGUUUUAUAUGACCCAGCAGAUGUAGUGCUUGUUUUUAUUUUUAUAUGUGAUGGGGUAAAAUGUUGCUGUGUUCUAAAUAGUGGACACAUUUUCUGUGAUUAAAAUGAAAAUAAAGUUAGUGUGAUUACUUAGUAAUAACACAACAGUUUUUUCAAAAUCUCUAAAAGGCAGCACUGUUUUUACUUAGGUUAAGGGUUUGAAAUUUUUUUUGUUUCAAUGUAAAGUUUAUUUUUGUUUUUGAAUCAUGAAAUGUUCUAAUACAUCACAGUCUCUGUGAGAGUGAUAUUUUAAACACUUAAUACUUGAUGUUAUUAGUUAUUACUUAAAAUGCAGGUCAUUUCUAAGCCAUUUUUGCAUUUAUAGUCUUUAGGAAUGUUUUCAAUGAUACAACAACAUAAUGAGCUGAUUCCUCCCCACCAUUAUGUAGGGGGCACUUAAAACAAGUUUCUACAGAGGGAAGCAAUUUGACUUUACAACUCAGACAUUGUUACUUAAUUGUCUUAAUUAGAGGCUUUGUUUACUGCCCAUUAUGAGGUCUGUACUCACACUCUAUAGUACAAUAAAAGAUUUUACCAGAACUA